AUGCAUUCUCACACCAGCGGUUACAACUUGAGCCGGACACAGGGCUCCAAAGCUGGAUCGCCAGUUUAUGAGCAUAUGAUCCUACAAUUAAUCGAUCUUGACGCUAUAGACAAAAGCACACAAAAUAGGCGAGCCUUUGUGUCCGUCGGUGACAGUCGAGAUCGCAAACAGGCGUGUCUCAUUAACCUAGCAUCGUGGUCUGUGUCUGUACCUAUACGGUUCUUCGCCCUCAUCACGGGUACGCCUUGGUCUGCUCUACCAUUCUCCACUCUCUUCAUGCUUAGUUGCCAGGCUGCUGCGCACAUUGCACACUCUUGCUUCUCUCUGCAGGUACCUCUAACAUCCAGUAAGCCUCGGGCACACCGACAAGCCAGUCAGUGGGUUAUGACGAGCCUGUCGCGGCAGACAGCGCAGCAACGCAGGCCUCUCGGCUACAGACCAUCCGACUUCUCCUGA